UAAAACUCGACAAUUGAGGAAGACUGAUCAUUCAAUCUCACCUUUUCGCCGCUCAGCGCCAAGUUUCCGUAGGGAAAAAAUGAAUGUACGCUAAAGUUGAAGUCUACCAGAAACUAUCGGUUUAUCCGGAUUUGUUUUUGUUAUCCGGAUCUAAAAUUUGCGAUUCCGCACCAUAAGCAACAUGAGCGACGGCAUCACCGCCUCUCGCGCGGAAGUCAUGGAGACCGUGUACGAGCUUUCCCGUCUGCUCAACACUGGUCUGGACCGGGACACCCUGGCGAUCCUAAUGGCGCUUAUCCAGAAGGGCGUCAACCCGGAGGCGCUGGCUGCAGUCGUGAAAGAUCUACGCAAAGAUGCAGCUGAACAGCAACGGACAGAAACACCACAAGAACGGACAUUCACCGGCGGCAAACAGCCCCUGUCGACUCAGGAACUCCAGAAGCGCCGCUCGGACUACUAGUUGACUAAUAUUCGUGCCUAGUUCCUUUUCUAUUGGCAUUUUUGUGUCGUACCAUACAAACUGCUCGCACUUGUCUCUGCGUCUAGCUGCUACUAGCUGAUAAUCGGCAGGUUUGUCUGUCAUUCCCUAUGUAUAAUCGGAGCCAAAGCCGAUCAG